GGGUCCAUAGGCACACGAAACCUAUGAGCAAGUGAGACUGGCCCUGGUUUGGUGGAGUGACAUAAUCAAUCGAUUGAUUUGAAAGAGCUGAUCAUGUUCAUUGGUCAGAAGCUGAUCUGCAUCAACACCAUCCAUUCAGUUUUCUCUCAUUCAAUACAAGUACAACUACGGAGUAUUCAGACAGCAGAUUCAACCUCAAGCUCAAACCUCUAGCUCCAGAGUACCAUGUCGAAAUUUAUCCAAUCCUAUACCACAAUCCCAAAGGAGCUCUUUCGCCUGAACAAUGGCCCAGCUGUUCGUCUGCGUGCAUACCCAGGCCCUCAGAGGCCAACGGGCCUCUUCGACCUACUAACGUACAGUGGAAAUGUCAGGCCGAAGGCGCUCAGCCCAACCACGUACAUGGCACCCAAUGGAGCUUCGAUGCGACCCAAUACUCCAAAGAUGCAUAGGCUUGUUGACGCCCUCAGAGGAAAUUCAAUUCGCAUUUAUUCAAUACCUGCAGGGAGCCCUAUUCCAGAUGAUCUGAUUCUUGUUCACGAGUUCAAGGAUCAUUAUUCCCUGCAAGCACGGAAAGAGAUGACUUUAGAUGAUUUGAAUACUAAAAUCACAUGUUUUUUGGGGGGAAGGGGGAAAUGUUUAACAAAGGAAGAAUGGUUGCGGCUGUAUCCGGAGCCUACAGAGACUGAAUAAAGGGAUUGCAUGUCAUAUGUACUUGGCAAGCCUGCUUUGAUAUAAUGUAGACGGACAGGAGUCCAUGACACCCACUUCUGCAGA